ACGCGGCGCCAACGCCAAACUGACUGUUACACCAACCACCGGAACGCGCGAGGCGAGUCCAAGAAACCGUAGUCUUCGCUUCCGCCCGCGCGCGGACCGAUCCGUCCGUUCCCAUGGCGCAGCGGCGGGUGCUGCGGGUGGUGCCGGGGGGCGGGGGAGGUGCAGACGGGGAUGCGUUCCCGACGGUGCAGGCGGCGGUGGACGCGGUGCCACUGGGCAACCGCGCGCGCGUCGUCAUCCGCCUGGCGCCCGGGGUGUACAGGGAGCCCGUCUACGUCGCCAAGACCAAGAACCUCAUCACGCUCGCCGGCGCGUCGCCGGAGGCCACCGUCGUAUCCUGGGACAAUACCGCCACCCGCAUCAAGCACUCCCAGUCGUCCAGAGUUAUUGGGACGGGAACGUUUGGAUGUGGUACCUUUAUUGUUGAGGGGGAGGAUUUCAUUGCAGAGAAUAUCACAUUUGAGAACUCCGCUCCCCAGGGAUCUGGACAGGCAGUUGCAGUCCGGGUGACUGCAGAUAGGUGCGCUUUCUACAAUUGUCGGUUCCUUGGUUGGCAGGACACAUUAUAUUUGCAUUCUGGAAAACAAUACUUAAGAGACUGUUAUAUUGAAGGCAAUUGUGACUUCAUCUUUGGUAACUCUAUUUCCCUUUUGGAGCAUUGUCAUAUCCACUGCAAAUCAACGGGAUAUAUUACUGCUCAUAGCCGGAAAUCCACUUCAGAAUCUACUGGCUAUGUAUUCUUGAGGUGUAUUAUUACUGGAAAUGGAGAAGCUGGAUAUAUGUUCCUAGGUCGGCCAUGGGGGCCCUUUGGGAGGGUUGUAUUUGCAUACACUUUUAUGGAUCGCUGCAUUAAGCCUGCUGGGUGGCAUAAUUGGGACAAAUCCGAGAAUGAACGAACUGCUUGCUUCUAUGAGUACAGGUGCUCAGGGCCAGGCUUCCGCCCAUCAAACCGAGUGGCAUGGUGUAGACAAUUGCUCGAUGUUGAAGCAGAGCAGUUCCUCGCACACACUUUCAUUGAUCCAGACCUCGAUAGGCCAUGGCUCCUCCAGAUGAUGGCAAUAAGAAUGCCGGCCUCGGCAUAGUUUGAUUCCAGGGUCCUAAUUCAUGCCUCCUUCCUAGUCCAUUUAAUAAAUGAAUUUGGAGGAUGUAUUAUAAUUUUUGUAACAUUUGAUCUGUUGGUACUUGGUACCCACGUUGAUUAUAUUGAGGAGAGCGAAAUAUUUUGUUGUGAGCUUUGAGCCUGUGACUGAUUUGAGAACUACUCUGAAAUACGGAAAGCAUGUUGUUCAAA